UACGACGUACCGCCUAUCCGAUAACAAGUGCUCCAGCUCCAGUGCGAAUCGAUUGCCGAGAUUUGACAACGCCAUGCUUGAAUGAAGGAUUCCGUUGUAAAGAAGGCUUCCCAGUGAAUUCCGAUAUAGAAUUUUGACUCGUCAAAGCGAAGAAUAAGCAGUGGAAAUACGAGAAGAAGGCGAAGUAAUUUCAUUUUAACAAGAUUCCUGUUUCUUCGUUCGGUGUGUUUCGCCUCCGCUUUGUUGCUCCCAUACACACUGUUAUAUUCUGGUUUCUUCAGCCACUUCGCAGUUCUGUAGUUAAGCCUACGGAACGGACGGACUAUUGACGACAGCUCGUUGCGUGUGUAGUUGUGAGGAGAAGCAACACUUGAGAGCAAACGAAACCACUACCAGCAAAGCGUAAAUUCGUUCGUUUGUUCGUUUGCAGGCGAGCAACCAGCUUCCAAGAAGUUCAAGAACUUGAGAGCCACCGCCACAGUGAGUAGUAGCGGCCGCCGAGGCGCAAAGAAAAAAGCGAAAUCUGGCCUUUGCAGACUUUUCGUGUAGGCUGGACACGCGUUCAAUGAGCGGAUUUGUGUGAUCAUUUCUCUGGUGCUAAAACAACGAUUCAUUCAGCAGUGCAAACCGUAUGCCGGAAUGUGCUGGAACAGGAUCAUCCGGUCAGCUACCAGCUUCAAACAACGGAAGAAACCAAAGCGCACACAAAUGGUUAGAAGCAAGUGAGUCUGCUGAAGGCUAAUCUCAAACGAAAUAGUGCAAUGUGAAACCUAGUUCAAAAUUUUUAUGUCAGAUUUUAUUUUUGGAAGUCCACAUAUAUAAAUUGAAAUAAAUCAGUGCCUUUUUGGGAAAGUGUGUCGUAAGCUGAAAAGCGAACAAGAAGACAAGUGCAUGGUUAAUGUAAGUGCCGGGAAAAUGCCUCACAAUAGUUCUACCGGCGAUGAACUCGGCAGUACCGACGAGGUUAAAGUAUUCAAAGAUGAAGAUCGCGAAGACGAAAAGCCGUCGGAAAACUUGUUAGAAGAGAAGUCCAGUCUGAUUGAUUUGACAGAAAACGAAGAAAAAACGGUGAAAAAUGGAACCAAUCGGCAUGAGCAGAAUCCGGCGUAUGGCAAACUACCGCAUGGCCAUCCGGGUUUUAACAUGGGGUACCUUGUGCCUCCAUAUGGUUACCCGAACGGUAGCGCUGGAGGACUACCAGUGUCAAUGGCAAACAAAAUGGGUUUACCCCCGUUUUUCUGCCAUAAUGGAGAUCAUCUGUCCUCACCACCACCCGCCCACUGUGGAAUACUUCCCUACCAGUUGGAUACAAAAACGAUGGGACUGACGCGACCUCCUCUGUACAGUUUCCCGACCAGCCAAUAUCCGUAUCCCAUGUUGAGUCCCGAUAUGCCACUGGUCGCAUCGUCAUGGCAUACACCUUCCAUGUACGGCCCAGCAGCUGGUUUUCGCAAUCCUUAUCCUGCAUCACUGCAAAUCUAUACACCCCUGCCAAGUGAUUUCUACCGAUACUCUCCGGGUCUCCUCCCUUCGGUUCAUUCCCAUCCAAUGCUGAAUCCGCACCACGCCAUAAUUACUCCCGGUCCGAAGCAAGACCUCUCCGGUUCAGAUGCGUCGCGAUACGGUUCUGGUCGGUCAUCAAAUCCGCCAACAAUUAAACAGGAAGGCAGCGAUGAUUCUCCUCACAGCCGUUACUCGUCCAAUCAUAAUCGAUCGUCCAACAACAGCCAUCACAAUCACGAGCAAAGCAAUCACAAUAAUAAUAACAACAAUAAUCAUCACAACAGCGGUAGCGGACAACACCGAUCGCUCUCGGAUAAAGAGAUUGCGGCCGAAAAGAAAAAGAAUCAUGUCAAGAAACCGUUGAACGCAUUCAUGCUGUACAUGAAGGAGAUGCGUGCAAAAGUGGUAGCGGAAUGUACACUCAAAGAGUCGGCCGCUAUCAACCAGAUACUGGGUCGGAAGUGGCACUCGCUUUCGCGUGAAGAGCAAAGCGUGUACUACGAUAAGGCUCGUCAGGAACGACAAAUGCAUAUGGAACUCUAUCCAGGCUGGACCGCGCGGGACAACUAUGGAUAUGGGGCCAAAAAGAAGAAAAGGAAAAAGGACAGAAGUCCUGCCGAUCCAGGCGGUAACAGCAUGAAAAAGUGCCGAGCGCGAUAUGGCCUAGAUCAGCAAAAUCAAUGGUGUAAACCAUGUCGACGUAAAAAGAAAUGCAUCCGGUACAAGGAGAUGACCGAUAGCGAGGAAGGUAGAGAUCAGGGCUCGGAUGAUGCUAUCGGGAGCUGCGGAAGUAUGGAUGACUCGAAGAGUCCAGAAGAUGAUCGGGAAUCAUUGAACCAGUCACUGUCUAGCCCUCGGAGUAUGAGCGUUCUAUCUAGUUUGCAGUCUCCAUCAACGAGCAUAGCGUCACCAUUAAACUUACUGGCGAGUCCAGCAACCCCAACCAACUAUUACCAUCAUCACGAUCAUCUUGGCCUAGCAUCGAUGAUUGCUGCCCAGCAGCAGCAACAACAACAACAGCAACAAGCCCUCCAAAACAGCGCUAGUGACAAACUGAACAACAUUAGCAGUGACAGCGGUCUCAGUUCCCAGCUUAACAACAGCUACAGCAACAAUUUCAGUCCAUACAGUAAUCAUCACACGAUGCGAAACAAUUCCAGCCAGAACCAGCAGACAAGCAGUAGCAGUACCAAUAACAACAACAACAACAACCUCAGUUCGGGUGUUCCUAGUCCUGGCGGGCUCCUAAACGGAGGGACCUCGAACAACAAAAAUCAUCACAGCAGCUCCGGUAGUAACAGUCUACCUCCACAUCACCAUCAGCCACACCCUCCUGCUACGGGGCCACCUCCAAACGGUAGCAACAAUAGCGUAUCAGCAUUACAAAUUCCCCCGCAUCUUCAGCAGCUCAGUCUGUCCGGUUCGUCACCGCCAAUACCUAAUAAUGGAUCAUCACUGCCGUCGAAUCACAUCAAGGAAGAACCAGGCUGUCUUCGAAAUAGUCCUCCCAAUUUUCUGCUUCACCAUCACCAGGCAGCAGCAGCAGCAAUGGCGGCGGCCGCAGCCGCAGCACAUCAUCGGCAUAAGAUCAACGGAGAUCUCACAUUAACGGGCGACCUGUCCCGGAGUUCCAGCAGUGCGACAAAUAAUGACAGUGGUCGCAGCACCGGCAGCAGUCAAGCCAACAGCACCAGUGAUAGGUAGUGAUAAACGUCGAACGGUCAAGACGGGCCUUAUUACAUCCGUGGUUUUGUGUUCAGCAAACUGCGAUGAUUUAACCGGGAACGAUCUUGCGAUCAAAGAGCAACCGGUGAUACAACCGAGGAAGUGUUAAAGUCCCAACUGUGAUCUAAAAUUCGUCGAACAAAACUUCCUCCCAGUGUCCGUUAGCUCAAUUGUGUGUUCGAGCAAAGAGAAAUAAACAGCGCCAACCCUACUUAAUUGAUCAUUUUCGAGGCUAGUUUCGAAGCCCAUUAUUAUCGCAGUCAUUGUUUGCAUUGAACCUGCAGCACAACCCGUUUAGCACGAACACGAACACGGCAGCCCGCGAAGUAGGCAGUCAAGACGUACGUAGAGAAGCACGAAACAAAAAGUGACGGGGAAGAGAAUGCUUAAUUUGACACAUCAUACCCCGUCGUACCUUUCCGGGACUGCCUCUGCAACGAUCGAUUCAGGACCUGUUGCCGGUCACCGUCGUCAUCGUCAUCGCCGUCGCGCCCAAGUUCCGAGGCAUUUACGAAGUUAAUGGCAUUCAAAAUCGGAAAACACAGCAUCACUUAUUAAUCGUUUGUCCGUUGUUUAUGAGCAUGUUGAGCGAGAAGUUAAGAUCGAGAGCAAGGGAGAACGAACGAGGAGCCUGUGCAGCCCGGUUAGGAGUCAACGAGCGAGUGAGAACGGGACGGCAGGGAACCUGAAGGUUUUUUUGUCUCCUCUUUAAUGGUUAAGUUUCUGUUUUCUUUUUAUACAUUCUUUUUAUCUCCUUUCUCAAAUGAAAAAAAAAACGAAGAAAUUAAUGUGAGUGUGUGAAACGAUCAAUCUCCUUCUCGGAAAAGCAAGCAAAAUGAAGCACAAGUAAAAGCAGAAGAAGUGAAGAAAUGACCAGGAGAAGAAUUGUUUGAAAACAAGUUUCUUUCGGAGCCAAGUGAGCAGGGCAAAGAAGAAGAACGCGUAAGGAAAAGUAGCAAAGAAGCAAGAGAAAAUCAAUCAAGUGUGAUACAAAAGCAAUAAUAAUAACGAAGCGAAGGAAGAAUAAGGCGGGCAGAUAAAUUAAAGAAGAGUUAUGAAGUGAGUACACACUUUUCGAGCCUCGCUCGACGUCGUAGGGAGAUUCGACUGGAGGCUCAGAUCUUUCCCCCCUGUGUGGAUAAUUGAGCCUUCUCUCGAGCAUCGGGCCGGCCGAUUUUUGUGGGCACACCAUGCACGCACACACAGACGCAUAACGUUGCCAGACGAGGCUGUGUGUAGGUGGGUGCGUGUGCUGCUUUGUGAUUGUGUGUGAUUUGUUUAAUUGUUUCGCGUCGUGUUAAAAUGCCUUGGGCCCUCAAACGAAAAGAAGCCACCAUACUGUGCGCGCGAUCGAUUUGUAAAAAUGAACCGUGAAACUCGACUUGCGGUGCACAACAGUAAAUACAAUACUUACGCACGAAAGGGAGCUAAAUACGUCCAAUCUGGUUAAAAUCGAAACGAGCCUUGUUAGAGAACCUGCAAGUGAACACGGACGAACGAAGCCAAAUUUCUUCUGUGAACGUGGAGGAUAAUUGGGAUUAUGUUGGAUGUUUUUGUUUUUCUUCACCGGAUGAUUACUGUGUGCUAUAAUGAUGAGAAUGGUGUGUUUCGGGUGCACCGGUGCCACCGGAUCUAGGAGGUUGCAACGCUACGCGCCUUCAAUCGCCCAGACGGUCAGCUCGAGUAAAUUGUAAGUAAUCAUCGUCGAGCGGUUUUGAUUGACAGGUUGUAUUAGAUUGGCUGGCUAAUUUUGGUGGAUUAAAAUGUGUCGAGCAAAAUCGAUGAAGAUAACAGACACAAACUUCCAGGGGAGUAGAAAACGAACGAAACAGAAUUUUAUCAGUACGCGAUAGAUAAACAAAUAGCAACCAGACUUUGGAAGGGAAAGUGAAAACUUUGCUAAGCACACAUAAAUAGAUGAAGGGUAGAGCGAAAUGAAUUUUAUUACACGAAUGAUAAAAACGAGAAAUUAGAAAACAAGAAUGAAAUCUUUAAACGGCAAAGAACCAACUAGUGAAUGGCUUAAAUUUUAUUAUAACGAACUACUAUUAUAGCGUCUGUAUAUACCGUUGACCGCUGGAUUUAUUCUAGAUAGAUUUUUUAUAAACAAAUUCGAACAAAUUCAAAAUUUCUUUCGCCUCACAUUGAUAUGAUUUGGUUUCGAAGAAUAGUCCUAAAAAGCGAUUUAUUUUUGUAGAUAGUAAAUUUGUAUGUUUUCUGAUUAAAAUUUUUAGAAUUUCCCGCGAAUUUUUUCGGCAUUUUGAUAUUGGUCAGCAAUCAGCAUAUUAAAAUCAAAUGGAAAUCAAUGCAUGGAACCUUAAUC